UUCCGCUUCCGGUAGCACGGAGGUGGCGUCAUCAUCGAGCGACCCGGCGAGCCGCCGGCGUGACGGGUCGAGAUGUUGAGCCGGCUACAGGAGCUGCGCAAGGAGGAGGAGACGCUGCUCCGCUUGAAAGCGGCUCUUCACGACCAGCUAAACCGGCUCAAGGUUGAAGAGCUGGCCCUCCAGUCGAUGAUUAGUUCUAGAAGAGAAGGUGAGAUACUGCCCUCUCAGCCUGCACCUGAACCAUCACAUGAUCAGAUGCUGAUGCAUGUAGACAAUGAAGCAUCAAUCAACCAAACUGCACUGGAGCUGAGCACAAGGAGCCAUGUGCCAGAAGAGGAGGAGGAGGAGGAAGAGGAGGAGGAAGAUUCCUGAAGGGGAGAAGAGCCCGGGUUAGUCAUGCAAGUUAAUUUCUAAGUCUCAGAGACUUUCUCUCUUCAAAGAAUUCUCAUGGGCCCUAUAGCCUGCUUUAAAAGGAAUCAAGAACUUCAGGAGAAUGUGUAGUUGUAAACAUGGUUCCAUCAAUAACUCAGGUUUCAGAGUGCUUUAACAAAAGUUGGUGACAUAUAGAAAAGCAAAGAUGCAGUGUUUCAGUAUUGAGCAGUAUGGGUGGUGCUGUGUUUAUAGGCUGGUCAGAUUGAAUAAUUGUAUUCUAAGCAAAAAACUUCCUCUGAAAUGCUAUUGAGAAGUUCUGGCAUCUGCAAAAAGGGCAGAGUUUAAAUACAAGGCAGCCUUGCAGCCAACAAUGCCUCUAUUAAGAAAACCAAUUAAACACUGUUUGCAUGCCACUGAACCCUUGUGAGCAGAGCGAGGCUAUAGUCUGGGAGAGAGAUGACAAAGAGGAAGGCAGAGGGCCCCUUGAGAGCACAGCUGCUGCCACCCCUCAGUGACGUCGUAAACUGACUGCUAACAUGCCGUGUGUGGCUGCCUCACACCUCGGUCCAUGUGUGGCUGCCAUCACACCUCGGUUGAGACAUCAUUAUGGUAAAAAUGUGCUUAGAAAUAAGUCACAGAUAAAUAGCUGUUACGCGGCUUGCCACUUUCCAGACAACAACAGACCAAAGGAUCAGUUCCUCUGGGGUGAACGAUACAGUAGCAUGGUUUAAACCCAUUUCUAGACUUAGGCAUUGUGCCACUGAAGAAGGAUCACGAGGCUCGGGAGAUUGGAUUUCGUAAUAAAGAACUGACAGUUAACAGAAUAAGAGACACUUCAUAUUAAGCUGACACUCAUUUUUGCAUAUUGUCUCUUUUCCAGUGAAUACACAAAUAUGUAGUUGCUUGAUUUUAUAAAAGUAAUUUGCCCUGCCCAGAAAUAGAAAAGCCAAACAAAACACAACCUCCUCAAGCACAGCUUCUUGCAUAACUGUUCUAGGAGAGAGCAUAGACAUAUUUGUUAAUUGAUGUUUCAUUAAAGUUGUGUUGAGCUACUCUUACAUGAAGUAGCCAGAAGCUUAAAUGAGCAUAUUUCUUGGAAAACACAAUGUGAAUAUCACUGUGCAACAAAAAGCAUCAAGGUAUAUAUUUUGGAGUCUAAUGUAAGAUACAAGCAUGGGUUUUUAAGAGUUGGAAAAUUUGGGUAUGAAUGCUAGCUUGACGACCAGUUGGUUGCUUGCUUUUCACCUUUUCGGGAGUUCUCGCUCUUGUGUCUAUAAAAUGAGAGUAUUCAUAACUGCUCUA